AUGUAUCAAUCCCAUCAAAGCUGGGAUCAUCCCGAACAUCAUCAAACAUGGGGCUGGGGCAACAAUGAGCGAUACCCAAGUACUGAACAGUCGUGGUAUCAGGACAACCCUAAUUAUCAGACUAGCACAACGUCUAAACACAGACGAGCAGGAUGGUCUUCGAUGCCAUUUUCGACACUUCCUGGUCUCUAUCGCGCUCUGAAUUCAGACUUGAUUCCUGAAACCGAGUACUCAUCACUCCGCAACGCCUCAAGCGAAAUCCUUUCCAAAUGCACCGACAAUGAUAGUUCGGUACAUGUCUACCAUAUCACGGGUAGUAAGGAUGAGCUUUUGCUUGUCCAUGCGGUUAUACAGCGACUGCUCUCAGAAGAACAGAAGGAAAGUAGUCCGACGCUCGUUGUGGUCGCUGAAGAUCUUAAGAAUGCCAGCACAGAUCCAGCCAGAGACGUACGCGACUUACUGAAACUCGCCACUGGCAAGGGUGAAUUGAAGCUGUCAGAGUCGGUCUAUAGCUAUGAACAAGUCGUUUUAAUCGUCAACAAGGCUGGUCGACCGCCAUCGGGCCACCACCUCAAGAAUCCGCAAAGUGAAGCAUUUCAAACCUGGCGCUCUGCUCAGAAGACUGCUAUGGAUUCUGUCACCUCAGCGAUACUGGGCAUAAAGCAGACGACAGGCCGGGAGAAAGUAGUAUGGCAUGAUGGAGCAUACCUUCCAAUGCUCAUGUAUAUGCUCGAAUGCGAAUCACGAUAUUCUCAAGUCAAGUACACCGCUGUCACCAUUAACGGCGUAUAUGAGCUCACCGACAAGCAUGUCGCUCCGAUCAAUUCCACCGUCAGCGAACAAAUCAACUUCAUCACUGCCUCCGCAAAGAAGCUGAACUGUCCUAUAGUUCUUAUUCACAGCUCCGUUCUCGGUCUGAAGAAUUUGAAAUGGCUGUACCACAUGCCAACGCUGUCAUCUGUGUGGCCGAUCCUUCUACCUGCCUCCUCCUGGAACGAAGACAUAAAGCAUAUGUUGAACGGUAUUACUACCUCCGUCUUUCGGCUACGUGCCAGUCUCUACGGCUACACUGGCUCGCGCGUCUCCGCCCUCGCCAUGGCAGAACUCAACAAAGUCCGCGAAACAAGUAAGCAAUGGGCCAAAGAAGUCCUACUACCUUCCUCCUACACCCCGGACGUCUGCGCCGGCGAUGACGCACUCCGCAAGAUGCACUUCACCAACAAGCUCUGUGACAUGCCGCUCAUGGAGAGCUGCACAAAUCUCUUCACCCUGCUCGUCAGCGCGCGCGGCCCUCGCUCCGAGGUGCACGCCGUCAGGUGUGCGUUGUCCAACGACAACAAGGCGCUCGCCCUCAGCGCCAACGGGAUCGUGUACAUCCUGAAGCCCGGCAAGAACGGGCACAAGGCCCUCGAGGCCAGUUUCCUGCGGUACUGGGGGAACUUUCUGGCCGCGCGUGGCAGGCGUGGCGAUGUUCCUUCGGUGCCGCGGGGGCUGGCGCUGGCGUGGCGGGACUUGGUUGGGGUGCUGGAGGGCCAGAUCAAGGCCAUGAAGAGUGAUCAGAGGACGAGGCGGUGGAGCACCGACGACAAGAAGGCGGUGGAGGAGGCGUUGGGGGCGUUGAGGGAGGGGGGCAUGACGAGGUUGUGCAAGCGGGCUCUGAGCUCGUAG